GCACGGCGGCGCGAGCUUCCCGCACUCUCUAGGCGGCCCCAUCUAUCUCCUCCAUGGCGUCUCACCAGCAAACGCGGAUCCAGGCUUACCUGGAGAAGAACAAGAUCGGUCCCCUGUUUGAGGAAUUAAUGACCAAGUUAAUCACUGAGACACCUGACCAGCCCAUCCCAUUUCUCAUUGAUCAUCUUCAGUCCAAACAAGGAAAAAGGGGACAACUGCAAAGAACUCUGUCUGGAUCUGCAGCUCUCUGGGCAGAAAGCGAGCCAUCAGAACCUAAAGGAACAAGAAGGGAUUUCAGAUGCUAUGAUAAGCCUUGGCAGCUAAACGCAAAGAAGCCUAAAAAAUCAAAAAGUGACCUUGCUGUGUCGAAUAUUUCACCACCAUCACCAGACUCCAAAUCAUUGCCAAGGUCAGUAGAGCAUCCUAAGUGGAACUGGCGGACUAAACCAGUAAGCCGUGAUUUUGAUGAAUUGAACCACAUCCUUCAAGAGAGCAAGAAGCUGGGGAAAGCCCUUGAGAAUCUCUCUAGAAGUAUUGCAAUUUCAGAUGAACUUGAUAAGGAAGCAAUUGCUUUCAAUUCUUCUCUGCUGAGGCCCCGUGUGAUUGGUGAGUGGAUUGGCAGAGAAGACAAUGAUGCUGAUCCACUUGCUGCUGAAAUGCUACAGCCCCCAAUUCCAAGAAACAAAAAUGACCAAUGGGAGAGCGAAGACAGCGGCUCUAGCCCUGCAGGAAGCUUAAAGAUGGAGCCUAAGACUAAAGGGUUAAAGCAGCAGCAACAGCAGCAUAAGAAACUUCUAGCAGCAAUGCUCUCUCAAGAUUCUUUUGAGUCCCUCCACAGCCCCACUCCAUCUGUAACAGAGGAAGAUAUUGAUAAUGAAGAUGAUGCAAUGGAAUUGCUGGAGGAUCUUGAUGAUUUAAGAAUGGAGGGAGUAACAACCCUGGUGCCUUCUGGAAGCAAAUUUAAUCCCGGUCGUCCUCUUCAUCCUGCUGAACCUCAGGCCAAGGUCACACUGAACAUCUGUUCAAGGUGUGCCAGGUAAAAAGAAC